AUGAUUAACCAGGUGAUAACAAGUGACCUGGUGAAGAACUCCCCGGACGUGAAGCAGCAUUACAAAGAGAUAUUAUCAGCAACAUCACGUGACAUGUCAGGGAAACGGAGGAACUUUAAGGGAGGAAAAGGGUUGGGUAAAGAGAGACUGGGUAUGAUAAACGGGCGAGUGUAUAUUAUCGGGGGGCUCGCAGACACGAAAGUCCCAUCAGACGUUGAGGUGUUCAUCCCUCACCACACAAAGCUAUCACGUGACCCCAACACUUUCGUCCGGAACACCUUCACACCAGCGGUUGAUGACGUCACAAAAACACACAGUGAUGACGUCAAAGUGAUGACGUCACAGCUCCCAGUCGUUACAGUGGAAUGUGGCGGAAGGAAUGUAACCAGGAGUUAUGGAGGUGGAGCUACUGUUGUGGACGGGGCUGUGUACUUGGUGGGGGGUCGGUCUGAUAGUGGCGUCUCUGAUAAGUUGUACCAGUUGGAGUUGCACUCACAACGGUACAAAGAGGUUGGCAAAGUGCCAGUUUGGUGUGAUCACGUGACUGUUACCAGCUCUGAUAAGAAAGUGUUUGUUAUCGGGGGUUAUCAGCUCUCUGACACUGGAUCUCUUACUCCUUCAUCUCUUGUUCAGAUAUACGAUACAGCUUCGCAGGAAUGGACGACAGGUCCAGAGUUAACUGUCCCCCGGGCUCAUGCAACAUCCAUCGGUAUUGACAGUGGCGGAGGAUUGGCCAGCAGAGUGUUAGUUUUAGGUGGAUACGGCACAAACAAACUCUCCUCGGUAGAACUUAUAACUGAUGGGGUAUCUGUGGAAAAUAUGCCGCCAAUGUUGAAACCAAGGCACGCUUUCUGUGCUGCGAUGGUCGAAGGUACAAUAAUAGCGCUAGGAGGCUGGAACGAACGAACUGUCGAGAAAUAUGAUUUCAGGAACAAACAGUGGAGUCUGCUGAAGGAUUUCCCGAAACAGAGGGACUGCAUACAGGGUGAAGUGUGUGAAGGUGUACUGUACGUGUUUGGCGGCGUCAAGAAGAACAAGAACGUGUCAACUAUAGAGAAGUACGAUUACGAGAGAGACAGCUGGCGAACUGUGGGUCAGUUCAUGGUACCCAGAUUAUACAGUGCUGUUGUGGUGACGUAGCAUAAACAAGUAAAACUCAUAACUGUGACAAUGAUGUUAACAAGAUGUUAAUAAAAGAUGACAAGAUGACAGAUGUUAAAAAGAUUGGACCAGAGUUUUUCAAACAUUUGGGUCUUAAAAAUACCCUGAAAUCUGACAACUGUGGCCGAGAAUCCUGCUCAAGAACUACGUUUUUUCAAUCAAUUAGUCAAUGUAAAAACACUAACUUUAGCUCAAUAAGCGAGUUCUGGAGUACGUUACCUGGGGACCCCAAGCUAUUAUAUUUAUGUUCAUAACCAUGAUCCGAAUAGAGAUUAGGCGAAAUGACAGGCGCAGGC